CUGACCUCUUUUCAGCUUCUCUAUAGUUAUUGCGAAAAACUUAUUGAUGGUGGAGUUAGUGACUUUGCAUGGAAAACGUUGAGCAAUCUCAAGUUAAAGGAUGAGCGACUUUUGGCGCUUCGCCAUGACCUCUUCCAGAUAUGUGGUGGAGAAGAGCGCACGAUGGCUAAGGAACCGGAAAAACCUCAUCGCGAUCACAUCCAGGCUAUCAACAAUGCUCUUUAUCCGUCGCGUUCUCAACAACGGAAUCCUGUGUUCUCCCCCGCCUCGACUGCUUCAGUAUCAUCACCAUCGGCAUUCUCGCUCAUAGGCCAGCAUCGUCAACCAUACAAUGCCAUGCAGAGCAUGCAGCCAAGACCUGCGUUCCCGAGCCAGACCUACUCCAGUUACGCCCCGACCCCACCGCUGCCCCCACCCAUUCCCGGUUACCAGCAGUCUCCUGCAGUUGGUUAUGUCCCCACCCCACCGCCACCCAUACCUGGACCACCACCUGUCCCUAGUUUCCAGCCGUUCACCCCUGCUUCGAUGUAUAACAGUCAACCACCUGCAGUGCCUGGUUUUAAUCCAAUUCAAGCUCCUAUACCACCGCCACCAGUAGUCCCUGCUUCGUUUUCUAAUGUGCCUAACGCUAACUAUAACUAUGCAAGCAACAUUCCACAAGCAGGUUAUGCUCCUUCGCCUUCGACCGUGCCAGCACAGGAGUUUUCCUCGAAGAGCUCGACCGUUUCGCCAACUGGAGGCAGUGGUGGCGAUAACGAAUCUUCCACUCAUGGAUGGAACGAUCCACCACCGCUUACUGCGCGUACAACUCCGGCAGCAGCUCCUAUAUUUGAGGUACGUUGUGUGGGGAGCAGAAGAGGAAGUUGGCAACAUUCCGAAGUUAGUCUAUCGCAUGAAAAUCAUGCAAUGCUUUUUAGUCGGGGGAUCAAAUGA